GCCGAACUGCAGACGUAUUGUGUUCAAAGACUAAUUCUUUCAUUCUUACAACUCCCCGACGUCAUGGCUCGUACGAAGCAAACUGCUCGCAAAUCUACCGGUGGCAAGGCACCGCGCAAACAGCUGGCAACUAAGGCAGCGAGGAAAAGUGCUCCGGCUACCGGAGGCGUGAAGAAGCCUCACCGUUACCGCCCUGGAACUGUCGCUCUUCGUGAAAUUCGGCGCUACCAGAAGAGCACGGAACUUCUAAUCCGCAAGCUUCCAUUCCAACGGUUGGUACGUGAAAUCGCACAAGACUUCAAGACUGAUCUCCGGUUCCAGAGUUCGGCUGUUAUGGCUCUUCAAGAAGCUAGUGAGGCUUACUUGGUUGGACUAUUCGAGGACACGAAUCUAUGCGCUAUUCACGCCAAACGUGUCACUAUCAUGCCCAAGGACAUACAGUUGGCGCGUCGCAUUCGUGGCGAGCGAGCGUAAUUUAUUCACGAGGAAAACUUGUGAAGAAGAAAUAAAACCGGCCCUUAUCAGGGCCACUAAAA